GCCCACGAGAGCUCAGUGAUGGUGGUGGUGGAGCUGGCUGCCGGGGGGGGACGCGGUGUCUGUGCGGCUAAGGAUGUGUUACAGAGGCGGGCUGGUCCUCAUGUAACUGGAGAGCGGCUGUAAUCUACAGAGGGCGAGGACGGAGCGGGAGGGAGCGGAGGUGCCCUGUGUAUUUCCCAGCCGCGCUCUCCCCAAGAGGAGGCCGCCGGGAGCCCCUCUCCGACCCCCCCCCCCCCACCCACCCACCCCCUCCCCAUCUCCCUCCGGCUCGGCGCACCGAGGAAUGAUGAAAAAAACCAAUUCUGCCAAAAGGGGCCACCAGGAUGGAAACCAGCAGUCUGCGCAGCCCGAGAAGGUCGGCUGGGUGCGGAAAUUUUGCGGGAAAGGCAUUUUUAGGGAAAUCUGGAAGAACCGUUAUGUGGUUUUGAAGGGAGAUCAGCUUUACAUCUCGGAGAAGGAGGUAAAAGAUGAAAAAAAUGUGCAGGAAAUGUUUGACCUGAGCGAUUAUGAGAAAUGUGAAGAGCUCAGGAAGUCCAAAAGCAGAAGCAAAAAGAACCACAGCAAAUUUACCCUCGCCCACUCCAGGCAGCCUGGAAACACGGCUCCAAAUCUCAUCUUCCUGGCUGUGAGUCCGGAAGAGAAGGAGUCCUGGAUCAACGCCCUCAACUCCGCAAUCACUCGUGCUAAGAACCGCAUUUUGGAUGAGGUGACUGUCGAAGAGGACAGCUACCUCGCCCACCCGACGCGCGACAGAGCAAAAAUCCAGCACUCCCGACGCCCCCCGACACGGGGACAUUUGAUGGCUGUGGCAUCUACCUCAACCUCUGAUGGCAUGCUGACCCUCGACCUGAUCCAGGAGGAGGACGCCUCCCCGGAGGACCACGGCACCUGCGAAGAGAGUUUUCGGGUGGACCUGGACAAGUCGGUGGCACAUCUCGCCGCCGGCCGGCGCCGCUCGGAUUCGGAGAAUGUCAAAGCGCCGGAGAAGGGCCGGACUGGGAGCCUCCCGAGGCGGGAGGUGACCUCGUGGGACAGGUCCGCGCCGCGCAAUGACUCCUUUGACAAAGGGACCAUGUACACCCCGCAGGUCCCCAAAAAGCUCUCGCACUCGGAAAAGAAUAAAUGUGCCUCCAUGGAAGAAAUCCUGUCCCGGCGGGACUCCUCCGCGCACCGGGCGGUGCUGAGGAGGGGGCUGGAGGCGCAGUUUGCCUCCGCGGAGCCGGAGCAGCUGUCCCGGAUACAAGAACUGGUUGCACUGAAACUGGAAAAAACUCAGGAACUGCUGACGGAGGUGAAGGGCUACGGGGAGGGCAAGAGGAAGGCCAAGGACUCCAACACCAGCACCAGCACCACCACCUCUUCCUCCUCCUCGUCUUCCAAGUCGGACUCUGAGAGGAUCCUGCAGGAAUCCGAGAGGCUGCUGGGGGAGGCUUCCUCCACCUGGAGCCAGGCCAAGAGGGUGCUGCAGGAGAUCCGGGAGCUGAGGGACCUGUACAAACAGUUCGAACUGCAGCAGUCGGACUCAAAGCCCAAACAGAGCUCACAGGCCCACUACAGGAAGAGCAUGAUGUGAAGCUGUCAUCCCCAGCAUUAUGCAAGCGUUUACAAGGGAAAGCAUUGCCAACAAAGUGGUGGAUCCGAGGGUUCGGCGCUCUCAGCACGGCCUCCUUCCUCCUCCUCAUCCCAGUGGGGGCUCUCGGAGGGACCCGGGACUCUUGGGGAAAGCAAGAAAACCGCCCGCCUGCUCCCCCACCACCUCUGCCUCCCUUCCCUUCUGCAGCCCAGCCUCCAGAGCUCCUCCAGCCUCACUCCCCACUCAGAGGGCGACGCAGGGCAGGGGCUGUGGUGCCCACCAGGCUGCGAGGUGCCCACCGAGGUCUGAUUUUGUUGAAAUCCCCCCCCCGGGACCGCACCUCGGGGUCCCGCUUGCGUGGCACACACAGCGACGCGGUGUCCCCGAGGCUCCCAGCCACACGCUUGUUUCUCAGGUGUUCAAACUUUGAGCAUUAUUUAAGACUUUUUGCCAAAUCCCCUUCCCCGAAUCUGCCUUCCCUUCUUCCCGCACAGCUGCAGCGUGCUGAGGAACCUGCCCCGAGCCUGCUGCGGGCUCCUGUUAAAGAAGCUUGCACCUAUUUACUGGCUUUUUCAAUAGGAAACAGCUUUCCUUGGCUCUUUUGUAGGGAAACUCCCCCCAGCUCUCCUCUUACGUGUGCUCCUGUCCCUCCAAACACAGCAAAAAAAAAAGGCAGGAAGAGAAAACUUAGAGAAAAACUGCCCCCUGCUCCAUCUCCCCCAUGUCUCCAUGCUUCAUGCACAAAGGAGCAGGGACCCCGGCCCCUUCCCGGUUCAGUCGGACUCAGGGGGCUCCAAUAAAUGGCACCAUCCCCCCCCCCAACCCUCCUUGCACACCCAUGGGGACCACCCUGGGGGCUCUGUCUCCUUGCUCUGGCUGCAGCCUCCCAGAAAACUUGAAGGCUCUGCACUUCUGGGAUUUUCUCCCUCGUCUGCCUGUCCUGAGAGCAGAAGGGGCUGGCCAGAAGCCCCCAGCCUCCUGUCCUCCCCCCGGAACAACCCCUGAAUGAUUUCCAGAGGGCUGGGAGCUGUUUGCACCCGAGCUCCAAGAGCCCACAGCCGACAAAAGGCAUCAGCAAGAAGGGAGCGGGGACUUUGCAGAGCUGGGGGCAAGAAAAGGGGAGAUUUUAGGGACCGGUAAUGGAGCUGUAAAACAUGAGGAGGCCGAGGCCUGGAGAUGCAGGCUCUGGGAGGCCGCGCUGUGCUGGCCGAAGGAAGCAGCAGCAGGAAGGCUGCCCCUGACCUUGCCCGGCCUCAAGGCUCCUCUGUGGCCUCGACAGAGCUGGGUGGGCACUGGCCAUCGGCCUGAGCCCGGUGUCCCCCCCCCGGCAGGGCCUGCUUUUGGUCCCGGUGCUGCUGGAGGGCCGGGGCACUGCGCCCCAGCCCAGCCCAGGCCCAACUCCCGGCCUUCUGGCAAAGGAUCUCAGGGACUCACGGGUUUUAGUUAUUUGCUGGAAGGUUGGUUUGGCCUUAAAGGACAGCGGCGUGGGCAGAGCAGGGAGGUGGUGGUGGCCAGCCCCUUCCUCUUCUGGACAUCACGAGCUCCGGCCCACGAGGAGCCGCCAGCGGGGCCGGGUGCUUGGCACCCACCAAAGGCUCCGGGUUGCACGGACGUCCUCCAAGCGGCUUCUCCUCACAGCAGCCACGCAGUUUGCAGGGAUGCCACUGCCAUGGGUUGCAGGAGACGUCUGAAGGCCGCCACGAUGAGGGCAGCCCUCGCCAAGGAGCUCGCCUGGCUGCGGCGCGAGGCUGCGGCCGCCCCCUUUUUCUGUCUCCUGCUUUGCUCGGACACCCGAAGUUCCUCUGCGCUUGGCUUCCAUCCAUCACCCAGCUCCAGCAGCAGCUGAGCACAGGGGAAUGUAGAUAUCGGGAGCACGUUUCAACACCCACCCGGUCAGACCUGCCCAAGGUUGGCUUUGCUGUGUGGUACCGGGUCGCAUUCCUCUUCCACCACUCUUCUUCCACUGCCCAAAGGGGUCAAAUCGUCUGCAAACCAAGGGAGCGAAGGAAAACCCCGGAAUAACGAAUCCUCAUGGCUAACGAACCGUGUGGCUUCAUCCCCCAACUAGGCACAGCCCAGAGCAAAACAAGUUUCCAGGAAAAAAAAAAAAAAA